CUACUCCUGACAUCACUGGCCACAAGCGAAGUGAAAAUAAAAAUGAGGGGCAGGAGGCACUCAUGUACUGCAAGUCUGUGGGCUUCCCACAUCCUGAGUGGGUGUGGCGCAAGAAGAUCAAUGGAGUAUUUGAGGACAUCAACAACUCCUCUGGACGAUUCUUUAUUUCAAAUAAAGACAACUACACUGAGCUCAGCAUCACAAAUCUACAGAUAAACGAGGAUCCUGGCGAGUACCAAUGCAACGCAACCAACCAGGUCGGCUCUGUCUCGGUCACAACCAUCCUCCGUGUCCGCAGCCACUUGGCUCCCCUCUGGCCCUUUUUGGGGAUUUUGGCAGAAAUCGUUAUCCUCGUUGUCAUCAUAGUUGUUUAUGAGAAAAGGAAGCGGCCAGAUGAAGUCCCAGAUGAUGAUGAACCAGCUGGGCCAAUGAAAAUCAAUUCUACAAACAAUCAUAAAGAUAAAAACUUACGCCAGAGAAACACAAAUUAAAAAUGCUUAUCAUAUGAGAGAAUUAUACUGUUCUGGUACUUAGAGAAGUAAUAUAAAUUUGAAAUUAUCUUAAGGGCUUAACCUAUAUAGAGAGACUUGGGUGUCCUAUAUCAGACUUCAAAACCUGGAAUGGUUCGACGUGGUGGUGGUGGAGUGCAGUUGAAAACAAAACUUCAGUUUAUAAAUAUAUAUAUAUGAUUGCUUUUUAAGUGAUUUUUUUUUUUUUGUUAACUCAUGUAAAUUCUCAAAUCCUUUUGCACUGACGUGUUCAACAUAUUCUUGUACAUUCAAUUCAGGCAAACUUUUAUAAUUUUCUUUUUUUGUUUGUUUGUUUAAAUGAUGAAAUGUUACAGCAUGGUGAUAUUCUAUGCAACUAGUUAUACUCUUUAGUUUGACACUGUAAUUUCUCAUGAUUUAAAGAUUGUAGAAAUAGACCUAACAGGGUUCUCAUGAUGUGCGUAACUGUAGAUGCAUGAACUUGUGUUCUGUGUAUUUGUUGAAGUGCAAUGAUGUAUAAAAAGUGGAUUCACCUGUUUUUAAAAAUAAAACACUGAC